GACAGGCACUGAUCAGCGUGUGGACAGUCGGACCAGUACCCACCUCAAUCAGCCUCUGGCCCUGGUACUUCCCUGAGAGGAGAGUCAAGAGGAUGGGGGCUGGACACAAACGCCUGACCAAGAAUGUAGAGAAUGUGGGUCUGAAGAUGCACAUGUUGUGAGGUCACGUCUCGUCGCGUUUGGCCCAAAAGUCGUUUCCCACCGCUGUCUUAAAAGGCUGCUCCUCCGCUCGGCCACCUAAGGACCGAUGGACGCGUAUGCCUUGUAAACGACUGAGUUAUUUCCUACACACCUUCAACAAGCAAACAGAUCAAAUGUUUUCCUUAACAGUCUCUGUAGUCAAAUAAAUUAGAUGCAUGCCUCUAAUGGCCAGCAGAGGGCGCCCUUGGCCCACUUCUUCAAAUAUUUUUGAAUUCGACUAAUGGAUAGCAAUUGUCUAUUGCGUUAGUUAAAAAAACUGAUUGGAUAGCCUGCAAGUUUGUUUUCGUGUUUGAGGACGGGAUAACUCCAGGAGGGGACUAUUAUGGCUACGGAUAUGAAGAAGCUUUUUUUCAGAAUGACCAAGAACGAGUGGAUGGAUAAUUACAUUCACUGAGCUUAACGUUUGGAAACAUUAAACAAGAUGACCGGAUUGGAGCGACUCAUCUUCUUUGCCUGGCUAUUGCAAGGUACCUUGUUUCAGGACGCAGUGGACGGGACAAACUGUACUGCCUCUCAUAAGCCAACAGUAUCAGUGCAGGCAUCCAGCACAGUCCGGGAAGGCCAAAACAUAGCUCUGACCUGCAACAGCGAUGCCAAGCCGCUGCCGACCUUCACCUGGUACACAGUGCGACGAUCUUUGGUGGGCAUUGUGGGUUCCAGCAGAGAACUGAAAAUCACAAUAAUGGCAGAUGACACCAAGUUCUACUGUGAAGCCAACAACACCUGUGGCAGCCAGAAGUCUGGGGUCACUCAAAUCAAUGUCUUAUACGCACCCAAAACCACGUCCGUGUCAGUCAGCCCCUCCGGCUCGGUGAUGGAAGGCACCCUGGUGACUCUGUCCUGCAGCAGCAACGCCAACCCACCAGUGAACAAUUUCACCUGGUACACCGUAAAGGGGGAGCAGAAGACAAGGCUUGGCGUUGGGAAGGAGAUAAAGAUCUACGUGUCUAUGGAAGUCCGCCAGUUUUACUGUGAGGCCAUGAACGACCUUGGAGAAAAGAAAUCACCUCACACAGAAGUGGAUGUGUUGUAUCUCCCGAGGGACCCAGUGGUAUCAGUGAGUCCUUCCGGCCCGGUUCCGGAGGGAAGCCCGGUGAAUCUCACAUGCAGAAGUGAUGCCAACCCACCAGUGACCAACUACAUCUGGUAUUCAGAGGACGAGAGCCACGCCCCUUCUGAGAUUGGAUCUGAACAGAACCUCAUGUUGGCUAGCGCCAAUGAAGGAAAAAAUUACUACUGCCAAGCUGCCAAUCAAUAUGGGUCUGACCGCUCUAAAGGGUUCCUGCUCAACAUUAUAUAUCCUCCUAAAAACACCUCAGUAUCAGUCGCUCGUUCGAGUUCCACGUCCAAAGACGUUUCAGUGAUUCUGACGUGCAGCAGUGAGGCCAAACCCCCUGUGGAGCGCUACACCUGGUUCAGAGUGAGAGGGGGAGUGGAGAAGUCCGUUGGCGUCGGACAGAAUCUGACCUGCCACGUGGACGAUAUCAUCGACGGCGGGGAGUACUACUGCAAGGCACAGAAUCAGCACGGGGUGGACACGUCCACACCCACGGAGGUUUCUAUAGAGUUCGCUCCUCUGAUACGUCCCUCGUCCGGCUGCAUCCGCUCCAAAUCUCAGUUGAUCUGUACCUGUGAGAGCCACGGUAACCCCGCCCCCUCUGUGAAAUGGAGCAUGUCUGGCCAGCAUGUUGAAAAUUCCCUGCACACGUCCGUCAGGGAGGAGUCCCUGGGCAGAACCGGACUCAGGAGUUCCCUCAUCGUGCGUCUGUCAGAGAAAGACACGCCCACUCCACUCUGCAGCAGCGUCAACUCUCAUGGCUCCACCAGUCUGCAGUUUUGUGUCGCCUCUACAGGAUAUCAAAUGCUGUCUGUCUUGAUUGGGGUUGGAGCAGGUGCUGCUGGGAUGCUUUUGCUGGGUGUCUUGAUGUUUCUGAUUGCCAGGAGAAUGCAUACUAAGACAACCUGGGAUCUGAAGAAGGAGGAUAAAACAGACCUUAUACUAACAGACUGGACUCUGUCUCAGGAAGAAGACUCCCUGUACAUCAGUAAAGACACACUGGCCGGAAACCCGACGAGACAAGGGGCACCCCUGUCCAGACCCCAGCAGCCCAACGGCGGAGCGAAUGGGAACGGGGGGAUCAACAACGACCUCGGCUCAGACCACUACGGCCCACCCAUGGACGCCACUAAUUGUUAUCACAGACCGCUGCCACACCCCCUUGACCUCCCCCCGAGAGACAAGGAGGCAGGAGACAAAGAGGGGGAGUAGGGAGGGGGAGAUGUGGGAGAAACAGGAUAGGGAAGGGGGGGCCGGGAGCUGAGUAGGGAGGGGGGUAGUGGUGAGACGGAGGUGUGGGGGCGUUAUAGGAGAAGCCAGAGGAGGAAGAGGUGGAGACCGCUCUGGCUCUAGGGAAUUGUCUCCCAAUGUUACUGUGCGACAAAAGCCGGGGUGACGGCAGAUAUGCCCAGGGUAGGAAGCUAGUGGGAGGGUGGGGGCGCAGGAAAGGAAACUGCAACAAAGGAUUUCAGAACCUGGACCCACAGAAUACUACGUGACUGGAUUGGCUUUCUCCAGAGGAUAAGAUGGGUUUGACCGGAGAAAGUGUUGUUUGUUUAGAUUUCUGUAACUUUGUGUUUAUAAAAUCUUUAUUUAUGAUACACCCUGUUUGAUACAAUUCUAAUAUUUUUAGAGGGUCACGCCUUAACUUUGGAUGAAUCGUUCUAUUUUGGGAGGUAAAGAACUUCUAUUUUAUUGUGUUGAACUCCAACCUCCCUUCAGCCUGUGACUGUAAGAAGGAAACUGCAAUGCACAGGAAUGGGGCUGAAGGUAAAGAAGAACAAAUAUCGACCCAAUUGACCCCUCUCUCUGCAAAUGUAAUGUCCCUCCCACAGCAACAAAUCAAAUACAGAUGGACAGAAUCCAUAUACAGUACCCUCCAGAAUAAUCCCAUAUACAGUACCCUCC